GUCUGGGGCUCUGUCCAGCUGGGAGUGGCUUGUCAUAUUUAAGGCAAGGGUCGCUGGCAGGCAGCAGCCCAGUGCCAGUGUGAGGACCGCGCUGGGCGGACAUGCGGGCGCCGCUCAGGACUUAGUGCUGCAGGUCCCCUUCUCCCUGGAGCCGCCAUGAAGUUCCUGAAGUUGCUUCUCUUGCUCGCAGUGAAAGGCUUGAUAGCAGUCAUCCACGGAGCGGUCAUUGAUCCCUUUGACGUUCUCCAGAAGCCCACCAAUGAGCUGGAGCGACCCGGGCUGCACGAAAAGCCUCAGGCUACUGGUGGGAACCUCAUCAUUGCGUCCUCCAGAGCAGCACAUUCUUCAAAAUCCAAAGAUGCACAAAGAGAAGAGAAAAUUCACAAUGUAAGAAAGAAAGGCAAAGGACUAAAGCGGGAUCCCUGUCUAAGAAAAUACAAGGACUUUUGCUUUCAUGGAACCUGUCGUUUUCUGAAAGUAACUAAGGACCCCUAUUGUGUUACAAUGCAGGCUGUUGGUUGGUUAUGUAAGAAACCUUUGACUCAGUUCUGGAGGGUACAGGUUUUCAUUGAAGAUAUCCAGCUGACAUAUGGAGAUGUACAGGUGCCAAGCAGGAUAUCAUGGAGAGAGAUGCCACGCACUUACCCUUCCUUUGGGGAAUCCACCGAGCACAUAUGAUCACACAACUGUCUUGGCCGUGGUUGCAGUUGUUCUCUCCUCUUUUUGUCUGAUUGUGAUAUCAUCACUAUUAAUAUUAAGGUAUCACAGAACAGGCGCUUAUCAUGUGGACAAUGAAAAAAAAAUUAAAUUUGCAAGCCCUACAUAAGGACAAUUCUGGUUACUCAAGAUUCUGAAAAAUUAUGAAUAACUGACAUGGACUCAAACAUGAAUUCCUGGCUUAUGUAAUUAACUGUUACAUACUGGAAUGUAGUAAUAGAUGUCUGUUUAUUGCCAUUGUACAGAUCAUCCUUAUAAAACAAUAUUGUUUGGUAUUUAUCCAAUGAGAGCAGAGGUACAUUAAUAGUAACGUUUUCAUUCUUGUUAAAUCAUAGGUUCAGUAACACGGUUUUCCUAGCUUUUCACUUGUCUUUCACUCUGCAGCAUUAAAGGUGUUGUCUGCUUUUUUUUUUUUUUAUAUUGAUGACCUGUCCUCAGGAUAGGUCAUCAAUAUUAGAUUCAGCGCUUGUGCGAUAAUUGGAAGCAUUUGUAGAGCAUAGUGUACAGUGCCACUGCAGCCUUUGAAUGCGGACGCAAAUUGCAGUUUUCCAUGGAAGUUAUUCUAGGAAUAGGUCUUAAAACUGCUAGUUUAAAACAAGACAAACGUGUACAUUUUAAAUGGUGGUUUUCUUAAGGCAGAGUAAUGUGGCUUCUAGCUACACCACUACCCAUAUAUAUGUGAUUACCAGCUAAAGUUUCUUUCCCAUGAAGUAUAGGCAAGCCUUUCUUAAACAUUUUAAUAGCUCAUUAACCAAUGUCUUCACAUCUAUAAUAUGCAUCAUAAUAAGUGUAUGUAUGUGUGUGUGUAUAUCUAUCUAUCUAUAUAUAUAUAUCUCUAUAUAUAUAUAUAUAUAUAUAUAUAUAUA